UUAUAACAAAAAUUUGUUAAAACAUGAAAUAUUAAGCGAAUAAAGCAAUUGAACGGAAAUCUUAGAGAAAAUUGUUGUGAUCAUUUAAAUUUGCUGGCGUUUACCUAAUGCGAAAUCGCAAAAAAGUCUCAAUAAUGUCUUAGGCCUUUGUAUCUAAAGCAAUUCAUGCCCCAUUUUAUAUGCAGUUCUGCGGUUUUCUUAAAUUUUUAUUCAAUUCCCCGAAAAAACCAUGCAAUUCCAUUUUAAAAAUGCUGAUGCGGGUGAAGACGUCGCUACCAAAACAGUAGCUCUCAAUCCGCAUGCCUCCUUACAGCCACAACAACCAAGCCCAUAUGUCGAACCCAAAGACGCCCACGAAGUUAAAUUACAGAAUAUAGUCGCCACUUUUUCUGUUGCUUGCGAGCUGGAUCUGAGGAGCAUUAAUGCUCGCACCCGCAACUCAGAGUACACGCCAAAACGAUUUCAUGGCGUUAUAAUGCGAAUGCAUUCCCCACGUUGUACAGCACUUAUAUUUCGGACCGGUAAAAUCAUUUGUACAGGGGCUCGCAACGAAAUAGAGGCUAACAUUGGAUCUCGGAAGUUUGCACGCAUACUGCAAAAACUUGGCUUCCCCGUCAAAUUUGUCGACUAUAAGCUUCAGAAUAUAGUGGCCACUGUGGAUCUACGAUUCCCGAUACGUCUCGAAAACUUAAACCAGGUGCAUGGGCAAUUCAGUUCUUACGAACCAGAAAUGUUUCCCGGUCUCAUAUACCGUAUGGUGAAGCCUCGUAUAGUACUGCUAAUUUUUGUCAACGGCAAGGUUGUGUUUACGGGCGCCAAGUCCAGAAAAGAUAUAAUGGAUUGCCUGGAGGCCAUCUCGCCGAUACUGUUGAGUUUUCGAAAGACAUGAACAACAUAUUACGGUUACUGUGACUUUAGCCUUCUGAUAAAUGCUUUUGAAAUAAGUAUAAUUUAUAUAAUAAAUAUUUUUUAUGUUCAUAGUAA